AUAUUCGUGCCUCAGAGAGAAUGGCUGAAGACAAAGUGGAGCUUCACAACAUGGAGAGAGCUCUGAUGGAUAAGAUGGGACAACAUGAUGUGAGAGAGCCGAGCCUGUUUGAGCGGCUCUUUCAGCCGUGUGUAGCCGAGCUGGUGGGAACCGCUUUCUUCGUGUUCAUCGGGUGUGUGUCCGUCAUCGAAGACGCGUCGGACACCGGCAGACUGCAGCCUGCGCUGGCUCACGGGCUCGCGCUGGCGGUGCUGAUCGCCUGUAUGGCGGAGAUCAGUGGCUCACAUUUCAAUCCAUCAUUCACCAUUGCCGUCUACCUCUGUGGUGGGAUGGAGCUGAAAAUGGUGGCGCCGUACCUGAUCUCUCAGCUUACUGGAGGUUUACUUGGUGCAGUCAUGGCCAACGGAAUGACCUCAAAUGAGAAAUAUGCUCAAGCUCAAGGUGCGGCAUUUACGGUUCUCCAGGCUGAUGACCAUGUUUUGAAGCCGUUAUUUGGAGAAAUUGCCAUGACGUGUCUUGUUACCAUGGUGGUCUUACUGGGUGCAGUUAAUACCAAGAGCAAAAGUCCUUUGGUCCCAUUUUUGGUGGGCUGCACAGUCAUCAUUAAUGUACUAGUGGGUGGUGAUGUGUCUGGUACAUGCUUAAAUCCUGCAAGAGCGCUGGGUCCUGCAGUGCUGACCAACUAUUGGACUCACCACUGGGUUUACUGGGUGGGACCCAUUACUGGUGGCCUUAUCGCUGCUGCAUUAGUCAGAAUUUUGCUCGGAGACAACAACACCCGUCUACUGAUGAAGUAACAUUCAGCACAUCUGCACCUCUCUGUCUUAUUUUGAGUGCACAAGAAUCAAACCUAUUUUCAUUUAAUUCAAUAAAAAUGUCAGAUAAUCUGUAGGCCUUAAUCCUGCCUUGAAGCUGAAAGGCUGCUCUGGUGAAUAUUAAUAUUUAGAACUUUGUAUUUUGA